AUGACGAAAAAUAGAAGCCAAGUGAUUAAGAGUGUAGGCAUUGAUUGUCUUAUUGACACGCUUGCUACUUUAACAAGCAGACAAAUCACAAUAGACUUGCAUUACAGUUCACAGCGGGACGUUUGUUUCUUUUUUUUCCUUUUGGUAUCUUAUGUUUUGAGUUCAACUGCGAACAGCGAGAGAGAUUUACAACUGUACUUUGCACUUCAUUAUGAAUUACUGUAA